UCGUGCUCUUCCUUUCCAACUUGGACCAGGCAGAAUGGCUCCCACAAAGAAGGAUGGCGAGAAGAAAAAGGGCCUUUCUGCCAUCAACGAGGUGGUGACCCGAGAAUACACCAUCAACAUUCACAAGUGCCUGCAUGGAGUGGACUUCAAGAAGCAUGCCCCUCGGGCACUCAAAGAGAUUCUGAAAUCUGCCAUGAAGGAGAUGGGAACUCCAGAUGUGUGCAUUGAUACCAGGCUUAACAAAGCUUUCUGGGCCAAAGGAAUAAAGAAUGUCCCAUACCGAAUCCGUGUGCGGUUGUCCAGAAAACGUAAUGCAGAUGAAGAUUCACCAAAUAAGCUCUAUACUUCGGUUACUUAUAUACCUUUUACCACUUUCAAAAAUCUAUAG